AUGCCAGUGGCGGAGAGGAAACAGUCACGGUUGCUGCUGACUCUUCUGUCAGCCGUGGCGCUGACCAUGAGGCCGAGCCGUGUGGCCCUGGCACUUCUUCAUCGAGGCUUGGCUCCAAGGCCUCUGAGCUUCGUUUGCGGCUCUGUGCCGGUGUUCACCUUUCCCUCGUCAGCUCUCGCUUCGCCUGCAGCCCGAUGCGUGGCGGAUGCCGCCGAAUGCAGACAAGAAGCGACCACAAAUGCUGAAGACAUGAGGAAAGCCAAAGAGCUCAGGGAGGAAGCUGGACUGGGAGACAUCUCCGCCUCGGCACAAGCCCUGGAGCAGCUUCCUGACGCCAUCAUCGACGAGGGCACAUUCAAGUACGUUCUUCUGCGUGUCACGGCGGCGAGCGGUGAGAAGAAGUACUUGGUCCGUGGCACGCUGGGCGCCGCAUACCACAAGGAUGUAGCGCUCCCCUAUGUGCGCGCCUACCUCAAGGAGGGGUUCGGCGUGGAGGUUCUGGGGGGCGGCCGCAUUCUACACGACGUUCCCAGGGGCUUCAUCAAAAUCUACGGCUUCUCCUACGGCUUCCCAUGGGCUGAGGGCACUGGGCACGAGAUUUCUGCCGAGGUGUGCAAGAACUACUUUGCUGGCUACCAGGUUGCUCAUGGCCACAGGGAAACAGCGAACUUGUAG